AUGGAUACCAAUUCAUUAGGUGGUGACCUUUUAAGACAAACUACUACUUAUACUGUCAAAGAUAUCUAUGGAGAUAUGGAUGAUGAAAGUAUAAGAGUUAAAAGAACAGCCACCAGAACUACAAUUUUAAAUGAAUUAGCUCAAAGAGUUCAAAGUGCCACUUAUAGAAGAGUUGAUGAUAAAUAUUAUGAUAAAGAAGAAAUUGAUGAAGUGGCAACAUCCAGUGAUGAAAGUAAACGAUUUACAUAUGAAAAAAUCCCUGAUAUUGCGGUCCCCACUAAAGAUUUCGGUGAUGAAUUCACUGCUAUUGAUCCUGAAUUAGUUACUUGGGAUGGAUUAGAUGAUCCAGAUUAUCCUCGUAAUUGGUCAAAAAAGCAAAAAAGUUUCCAAUUAUUAAUUGUUUCAUUAUAUACAUUAGUAUCCCCCAUGUCAUCAUCAAUGUUAUCUCCUGCUAUGGAUGAAAUUGGAGAAGCAUUUGGUAUGAAAACUGUAUUUAUUCAAUCAUUCUCAGUUUCAAUCAUGGUAUUAGCUUGGGCUAUAGGACCAUUAUUAAUUGCUCCUAUUUCAGAAAGUGAUAAAUAUGGAAGAAGACCAGUUUUAAAUAUAUCAAUUUGGAUUAUUUUCAUAUUCAAUUUAGCAUGUGGAUUUGCCAGAAAUACCACUGAAUUAUGUGUAUUUCGAUUUUUAGGUGGAUUAGGAGGAUGUGCGGCGUUGAAUGUGGGAGCCGGUACGUUGGCUGAUUUAUUCAAUGACAAUGAUAGACAAGCUGCUAUGGCAUGUUAUUCCAUUUGUCCCACUUUAGGACCUGUUAUAUCACCUGUUAUAUCAAGUUUUAUAAUCACUCGAAAAUCAUGGCAUUGGGUAUUUUAUGUGUUAGCUAUAUUUAAUGGAACAGUAGCAUUAUUAGGGUCGAUUUUCUUUAGAGAAACUUAUUCGCCAAGAUUAUUAAAAAUGAAAGCAGAUGUAUUAAGAAAAGAAAGUGGUAAUGAACAUUUACAUACUAUUUUUGAAAUUGCUGAUGGUGAAACUCAAUGGGGGAAACUUGUCGUUACUAUAAGUAGACCUGUUAAAUUAUUAUUUACUCAUCCUAUGGUUAUUGGGUUAGGAUCAUUUAUGGCCUUUGUUUAUGGAUUUAUGUAUCUUAUGAUUGUUACAUUUCCUCGAGUUUAUCGUGAUGAUUAUGGAUUUCUGAUUGGUAUAAGUGGAUUAAUGUAUUUACCUAUGGCGAUUGGAUAUUUAAUUGGGACAGCAUUUUGGACCUUUACCAUUGAUAAAGUUUAUCAUCGAUUAAUUGCUAAGAAUAAUGGGAUUGCAAAACCUGAGUUUAGAUUACCAUGUUUAUGUUUUUCAGGGGUUGGAAUUCCAGUAGGAUUAAUUUGGUAUGGAUGGUCAGCUCAAUAUCGAUUACAUUGGAUUAUGCCAGCCAUUGGAUCAGCUAUAUUUGCAUUUUCAUUCAUUGCUGUUUUCCAAACCAUUCAAAAUUAUUUAAUUGAUAUGAAUAAUCGAUUUGCAGCAAGUUCAGUGGCUGCAGCCGCUGUUUUCCGAUCAUUAUUUGGAUUUGCAUUCCCACUAUUUGCUAAUCAAAUGUAUGAUAGAUUAGAUUAUGGAUGGGGGAAUUCAUUGUGUGCAUUUAUUGGAUUAGCGUUAGGAUUACCAUUUCCAAUAUUUUGUUUAAUGUAUGGAGAAAAAUUAAGAAAUUGGGCUAAUGAAAGAAUGGAAAUUGAACAAGCAAAGAGAGAUGAAAAAAAUAUAGAAAGAUUAAGAAAGAUUAAUGAAGAAAAUGAAAAGGUGGGGUUAUAA